AUGGAGAAUCUUAGCGAGCUGCAGAACCCCUUGCUAGACAAGAACAGCAAGCACAUGGUCAGCGGCUACGGAGGCGACUUCCCCAACAACCAGUACCAGGAAAACAUCAUCAAUUAUUUCGUCGGAGGCGGGGGGGUGGGCAUGGGAGGGGGAGGGAAGGUGAACAACGGCAACGUGGUCAGUGGAGGAGGCACUGCCACCAACGGCAAGAUGAAAUCCCAGCAGCUUUUGGACGCCACCUCUCUGCACCUGGCGGUGGAGGCCUUCUACAGGCCCAACUUCAUCCUGUACAAGGAGGACAGUGGCAGCAUCAAGGCUAAGGAAUACAAAAGUGAGUGCUGCGAGACUACUUUCACGGAGAAGAAGGGGAAGGAGGCGUGCAGCACCAUGGCCGGGGGGGACGCGCCCGCCCCAGAGGAACCCCAGCCCAAGAUGCUAGAGGACAGCGAGCAUGUAAAGAUCCAGACGGUCUCGUACGAGGUGGAGGAGGAGGAAUACGUGGAGUAUGAGACGGACUGCUCCAGCGAUAGCGAGAGUGAGGAUAACUUCAUAGUGGUGCCUCCACGAGACCAUCUGGGCCUGGCCAUCUUCUCUAUGCUUUGUUGCUUCUGGCCUCUGGGAAUCGCGGCGUUUUACUUCUCACAGGGGACCAGCAAGGCAGUGAAUAAAGGGGACUUCUCACUGGCCAACAUCGCAUCCCGAAGGGCUCUGUUCCUGGCUGCGCUCUCCAUCACCAUAGGCACCGGUGUGUACGUCGGCGUGGUGGUAGCCCUCAUCGCCUACUUGUCGAAACCGGGACACAUAUAG